GAGGACUCCAAUGUCAAAAAUAGCCUUCCUCCACUCAGAAGCAGGCCAUAAGAUUACCAAUCCACAAGACAUAGUGGAAGAAUUCAGCAAAUAUUAUAGCAAAUUGUAUAACCUGGCAGUUGCCAGUGAUUCCCCCACACCUCAGCAAAGUGACAUUGAUGACUUCUUAUGAGAUGUUCAGCUACCAUCCCUCUCGACCGAAGAGGGCAAAAAACUGACCGACCUUUCACGACUCAAGAAGUACUACGAACCAUAGCACAGUUACCAAAACAUAAAUCACCUGGGCCUGACAGGUUCCCCAACCUCUAUUACCACACAUUUAGACACAUCCUGGCUCCUCAUAUGACCGACCUAUUUAAUCACUGCUUUAGAACAGGCAUCAUGCCCAAUGACAUGUUGAAAGCACAUACCUCCACACUACCAAAGCCAGGUAAACCCCCCACGCACUGCCCUAAUUUUUGACCCAUAUCCCUAUUAAGUUGCGAUACCAAGUUAUACGCUAAACCCAUAGUGAAAAGGUUAGCCACAAUAUUACCCCAUAUUGUACAUAAUGACCAGUCAGGAUUUGUUAAAGGCAGGCAAGGCUGCGACAACACUAGGAAAAUCCUAAAUAUAUUAUCCCACAUAGAGAGACAUGGUACAGAAAGCCUAUUUCUGGCCUUAGACGCUGAAAAGGCCUUCGAUAGGCUCAAUUGGGCCUACAUGUCAACAGUCCUAACCAAAUACCGCUUUCCACCGGAGCUCAUACUGGGCAUUUUGGCACUAUAUGGCAAUUCAUCAGCACAAGUCUCCAACUCAGGUUUUGUCUCAAAGCCCUUCACCCUUACCAAUGGCACGAGGCAAUAAUACCCGUUAUCCCCACUCUUGUUUAUACUAUCACUAGAGCCACUAGCUCACAAAAUCAGACAAGACCCGUUGAUCUCAGUAUUCCAAAUCCAAUCAAAUGAAUACCGCUUAGCAAUGUUCGCAGACGAUAUCUUAUUGUCUCUUAGCAAACCGGAGACAUCACUACCGCGGCUUCAGGCCAUCUUAGACGGUUAUGGGCAGGUGUCAUAUUACAAAUUUAAUAAGACUAAAACACAAGCUCUAUCGAUUAAUAUACUGACGCAACAAGUUCAAAACACACCGCAUAUCAGUUUGAUUGGCAACAAUCCUACACCACAUACCUGGGAGUUAAACUAGCACUACAUAGACAAAAAAAUGAUAUCCCUCAACUAUGCUCCGCUAACGAACAUAUGUAACUCUAACUUCCAGAAAUGGAAAGAUUUGCACCUGUCUUGGAUGGGGAGAUUGAACACAAUUAAGAUGGUAGUGCUACCAAAGAUUCUGUAUGUUUUUAGGAUGUUAUCCUUGCAAGUUCCGCUACAACUAUUCAAAACCGUCCAGACCACACUAAACAAGUUUGUGUGGGGAGACAUGAAACCACGCUUACCCCUAUCACUCCUUCAACUAAACCCGACAGAAGGAGGCUUGGGCCUUCCGAAGCUGUUGACCUACUACAUAUCGGCCAUCCUGGAGUCAGUCAUACGACUUCAUGCUCCCAAGAAUACUUUCCAAUGGGCAGACAUGGAACAAGACAAAAUACUUCCAACUCCUCUAACGAGUAUCUUGUGGUCACCAAAGGCACACCGCCCAAUCACAAACGUAUUAUAUCCUACAUUUGCCCUCACAUUAAAGGUAUGGGACACUCUCAGAUCUAACUGACCCGAAGACAGAAAAUUCUGUGCACAUGCACCUUUAGAAAUGUUGGAGAUUAGUGAUGUACCGAACGGUUCGCCAUUGAAAAUAUGGACAGAUAUGGGUGUUAAAAUAAUUUGUGACCUAUGCUCUCAAUCAACGGUUCUACAACAGAAAUACAAGCUACCUAACUCACUUAUUUUUUCAUACCUUCAACUCAAGAGCAUCAUAAAUACCAAAGUCAUGAUCCCAACGGACGUGUCCACCUCACGUAAUGACUCCGUAAUACUACUCCAUAAUAGAUGUCUCUCAGCUCCAACGAAACCUAAAGCUUUGUCUAUCUGCUAACAGACUCUAUUAAAUAAUGCUCCACCUAGCUCCUUUAAAUAUGUAGCACAAUGGGAGAAAGAAGGAAUGCCCAAGCUCACAGAUGACCAAUGGCUCAAAGCACUAAAUGCACUACGGGGCAACACGUCUUGCUUCUCUCAUGUGGAGGCUCACAAGAAGGUGAUCUUUCAAUGGUACCUCACGCCACAAAAGCUACAUAAAAUAUAUCCUGCAAUAGAUCCUAAAUGCUGGAGAUGCAAUACAGCCGAGGGACACAUGACUCACAUAUGCUGGGAAUGCAACGAGAUCAAACCCCACUGGACAUGAGUAUACACACUAUUGCAAGACAGAAUAGCAGAAACAUACUCUCUUACACCUACAAUAGCUCUCUUUUUGUUAUUUCCUGACACCUCAAGAUUGGAAACCAGGAAAAUUGCCACUCUGAUCAUCCUGGCAGCUAAGAACCUUCUGGCGCUUCAUUGGAAAUCUAAGUACUGCCCGACCAACACAUAACUAAUAGACAAAACAUACCAAUAUUACCAAUACAAAACUCUCUCCUCAAACUCUUUUGAAAAUACAAAGAAACUAGAGACUCUUUGGAAGCUGUGGCUGACAAGACACUAUCACCGCAAUAAACCUGAGAAAGAUAGAAAGUAAAUAGACAUUCCUCCAGUUAUGGGACAGAAAUCAAAGGCAGACUGCUCAAACGCACAGACGGUGUACCUUACGCAAGGCAACCUAGAGACAGACAAAUAGUACACAGUUGGUUAAAUGCACAGCUGAACAGACACACUACAUAGACGCACAAAUUUGACCAGACAUUCAUCUAAAUGGGAGGUAAUUCUAACAUUCAAUGCACAUAUAUACAUUCCUUCCCAGUUCAAUGCCUUCCCCCUCCCCGUCCCCUUCCCAUUAAGGCAUAGACUCAAGUUCGGCUACAUUUAUUGACAAUCUAGAUAAAUGGUUAUAUACAAACUACAGGGACAGAAUCCUUGUCUUACACAGGCAAAGACCCUAGCUUAAAAUGAAUAAUUAUUUAUCUCACAGAACGAGUAAGAUGUAGAAGGAGAAUCACAGCAAUUCUCCCAGUUGAGACCGGUAGUUCGCAAGAAGAAGUUGGAGGGUUUGUUUAGAAUCUGGCAUAGGCCUCCUACGAGAUUGCUAUCAAUUGUAAAUAAGCAUCUUAGAACGAUAAAAAUACCACAGUUGUAAUAUUAGCUACUAUCACACUGUGUUCAGCAACGAUGUUUAUAUGUACCCACAUACUUUUGGAUUGUCAUGAAAUAUGUCUCAAACUCUGAAUGUAACACGCAAGCUGAAAUGUUCAUUGUUUAUUGGAUUUGUCCCUCCUGUUUUCCCUUCUGUAU